AUGACCACCGCCGGUUCCCCAACGCCGCCGGCCCCGGUCACCGUCACCUCCGCUGGUUCUCUCACGCCGCCGGCCCCGGUCACCUCCGCUGCGCCGACAACCGCCGUUUUCACGCCGGAAGAAGUCACCAGCAUCUUGCGGGAUCUCGUGACGGCCGUCCAGGGCAUCCAUCUACGGGGCACCCCAGCGGGCCGCCUCUACCGCUGCUGCACCUGCCCUGGUACUCGGUACCCGCGGCGAUCGUCGGGGCCCAUCCGUCGCUCCAGCCUCCGCCCCCACCCCAGCACCGUCCUGGCCGCAGUGGCCCGCGCUGGUUCUCGCGGCGCUACCCGCGCCUCCCGCGCCCGCCCCAGCGGUGCAGUGGCCGCACUGGCCCGCGCCGCCCCCAGCCGCGCCAACCGCGCCGCCCGCGCCGGUCCAGCUCCCACCGGCGCCGCCCAGCUCCGGACUGGGCCAGUCCACACCGGGAGGCCUCCCGAUCCAGCAGGUCCGCUUCGGUUCGAUCAUGUCUUCACCGCCGCCCAACCCGUCUCUCCUGCUGUCAUUCGUCACACCCGCCCCCGCCGUCCUCACCCCGGAGGAGGUGUCCGGGGCGUGCGGGACCUAACCCAGGCGGUCCAGGAGAUCCGCCUGUUCUUGGCCGGGUCCUACGAGCCGCACCCGGCUGCGCCAUCCAUUGCCACCACCGCGCCGCUGUGGCAGCCGCCGCACCAGGCGGCCUCCGCCGCGCUCGCCAGGCUGCUGCAGCAGCCGCUGCACCUGCCAUCCACCGCCACCACCGCCCCACCCUGGCUGCAGUGGCAGCCGCCGCUCCUGGCGGCCUUCACCAUGCCGCCGUGGCUGCCACCGCACCAGGCGACCUUCGUCGCGCCGCCGUGGCAGCCGCCGCACCAGGCGGCCUCCGCCGCGCCGCCGUGGCAGCCGCCGCUCCUGGCGGCCUCCACCAUGCCGCCGUGGCUGCCACCGCACCAGGCGACCUUCGUCGCGCCGCCGUGGCAGCCGCCGCACCAGGCGGCCUCCGCCGCGCCGCCGUGGCAGCCGCCGCUCCUGGCGGCCUCCACCAUGCCGCCGUGGCUGCCACCGCACCAGGCGACCUUCGUCGCGCCGCCGUGGCAGCCGCCGCACCACGCGGCCUCCGCCGCGCCGCCGUGGCAGCCGCCGUACCAGGCGGCCUCCACCGCGCUUGCCGGGCCGCUGUAG